AUGGCUUCUUUUGAGAUCGCCCAGAAGUACAAUGGAAUCAUUAGUUUUCUGGUCAUCCUUAUUCUAUUAUGUCUAUUGUCAAUGGUUGAUGACGCUCUUGCAUCUUGGCUAAACCAUGGAGCUGGUAUAAAAAACACAAGGAACGCAAUUGGAGAAGAAAAAAUCAAAAGUUCAACCGUAAAAAAUCUGCGUUUAAAAUGGGAAUUCAUUGCUGGUAAAGACAUAUCUGCUACUCCAGCAAUAGCAGAUGGAGUAGUCUAUUUUCCAUCAUGGAAUGGGUAUUUGUAUGCUGUAGAUGCUUUUAAUGGUGGUUUAAUAUGGAAGCAGAAUCUUAGUCAAUUAACAAGAUUAAAUGGCACUGGAAUUACAGUUAAUGUAACGGUGUCAAGAGCAACUCCUACAAUUGCUAAUAACCAGUUGAUUGUUGGAAUUUAUGGACCUGCUGUUGUUAUUGCUGUGGAUCGAUUAAAUGGAAGACUUGUUUGGUUUACUGAGUUAGAUUCACGUCCUCGAGCAAUCAUCACACAAUCUGGAACAUUUUACCGGGGGGCAUUCUAUGUUGGAGUAUCAUCACUAAAGGAAGGAUUACCAGCAAACCAAUGCUGCACUUUUAGAGGCAGCUUGGCAGAGCUAGACGUUCUAACAGGUAAAAUCAAAUGGCGAACGUAUAUGGUUCCUGAUAAUGGAAGCAAAUUAGGAGGCUAUUCAGGAGCUGCAAUUUGGGGAAGCAGCCCAUCAAUUGACACAGAUAGAAGACUUGUUUAUGUGGCAACUGGAAACCUCUAUAGGGUUCCUUCUGCGGUCACAAAAUGUCAAGAGGCACAAAAUAAUCAGACAACAAAACCAACCCAACCUGACAAAUGCGUUGGUUCAGACGUCCAUUUUGACUCAAUUUUGGCUCUCAAAAUUGACACAGGAGAGAUUGCAUGGGCUAGACAACUUGGUGGAUAUGAUGUGUUUUAUUUUGCUUGUUUGCUACCUAAUAACCCAGAUUGUCCACCUGGUCCUAACCUGGAUGCUGAUUUUGGAGAGGCACCUAUUAUACUUAGCAUAGUUGCUAACAGUACUAAACGUGACAUUGUGGUUGCUGUGCAAAAGAGUGGAUUUGCUUGGUCUCUGGAUCGCGAUACUGGUGAUGUAGUUUGGUCCAAACGAGCAGGACCAGGCGGGUAUGAAGGAAGACGGCAAUAGGGUGCAGCGACAGAUGGUAAGACGGUGUACACAGAUAUUGCCAACAGCAACAAAGAAAAUUUCACUCUUGCACCCUCGAACGUCACGACAACAGGCGGAGAAUGGGUGGCUUUCGAUGCAAACUCAGGCCAAAUAAUAUGGUCAACAGCAAACCCUAGCAACGAAACUGCCCAUGGCCCUGUCACUAUAUCAGUGGCUCCUAAUGGUCCUGUAUAUGCAAUGGAUACAAGAAAUGGGAAGAUCCAGUGGUCGUAUAAUUCUGGGGCUACUGUGUAUGGAGGCGUAUCAGCUAACUGUGGGUGCAUUUACUUUGGUAAUGGUUACACAGUUGGUGUGGCAAGGAUGUUCCACCCUAUUUGAACUGCAGGCACUUCACUCUUUGC